AUGACGUACAGAUCCACGCAGCCCCACAGCUCUACAGCCCCAAACUUCCAUAUUUGUGUCGCACUGCUGCACGACGUCAACAGCUACCAACAAGAGGAACUCCGGGCUAUUGUGGCAGUUGUGGCGUGGCGGAUGGGAAACCACAAUGCGGACAUGGAGCGCCUUACCAUCGCAAAGCAUCGCGUGGGCGAUGCAUUCCGGAGUACGGUGAAUGCCUUUACGACUACUGGCGGCGAGUCCAAAUUUCUCGAGAAUGGAACUUUGACCCCGGAAGAGUUUGUGGCGGCAGGAGAUCAGCUCACCUUCAAAUUCCCAACUUGGCGCUGGGAAGAAGGCGAUGCCGGCCUCAGGGCCAGCUAUUUGCCGAAAGAAAGGCAGUACUUGAUCACAAGGAAUGUACCCUGCAAAGACCGGGUCAGAGCACUUGAUUCUGCUUUAGACCAGAUCAAGUCGGAGGAUGAUUGGUUGCUGCCCCCAGAAGUUUCUGGCUCGGCCAGCAACGAUCUGAAGGAUGUAGAUGACUUGGCUGGUCCAAGCGAAGGCAAGGCAGACCCAGUGGGUCCAGGCUUGAAUUUGAAUUUCGAUGCUGAUGACGACUUCUUGGGCGACGGGGCGGCGAAAGCCUCAAAUCUGCCUGACUUCAGCGAUCUGGACAAACAGCUGCAGCAGGAGGAUGGCUACCCGGCCGCUGCAACGGCACCCAGCGUCAUUGUCGCAGAGGCGCCGGAUGCAAACAUCCUGAAGACUCGAACUUAUGACUUGUCCAUUACCUAUGACAAGUAUUAUCGAACGCCAAGACUUUGGCUGUUUGGCUAUAAUGAGAAUGGUGACCCGUUGACGCCAGAGGAAGUGUACGAAGAUGUGCUGAGCGACUACAAGUCCAAGACGGAUUUGCAUUGGCCUUUGGCCAGUGUUCGAAAGACGGCCCGCGUGGAAGCAUGCGACAUUAGUACAGGAAGUUCAUGCGAGGUUUGCCAAAAAGCACGGUACUGCAGGCACUUGCUUCAAUACUUGGCGCAUAAUGGCAACCGGCAUGGUCGCAGUGCGCUUGUGACGGCGAUCAGGAAAAGCUAUCCUCGAACGAAGAAUGACGAUUGGCACCGCAUUCUGGACUUUGCCAUCCAGCACGACUUGAUAGACUUAGACAUUAUUCCUGGCAGAGAAGACAGGACACUAAAGGGAUCCAAAGGGUAG